GCCUCAGACGCAACACCAUUGAAAGGAGCGACCAAACCCUAAUCUCAAAAACGAUGGUGUUCUCUAGAGAUAUCCUUUCUCCUGCAUCAAUGUUCUCUUCUUACGCAUCAAUGAUGGGAUACAUCAUGAUAAUCAAACCAAUGAUUCACACAAUUAUUCCACGUCCAGUUCAAAACUUCGUCUUCUCUUAUCUCAAGUCCUUCGCUGGCUCUCGUUCAUCGACUCUCACGCUUACCAUCGAUCAAUUGUCUUCGAUGUAUAUUCCCGAAGAGCUUUACGACGCUGCUCAGGCUUAUCUCUCCACCAAGAUAAGUCCAAAUUCGGUCAGGCUAAUUAUGGCUAGAGACCCUGCGGAGAAGAAAGUCAAGUUAUACCUUAGCGAUGGAGAGGUUGUCUCUGAUGUCUACAAUGGUAUUAAGCUCGAGUGGAGGUUUUCUGCUAGCAACAAGAAUAAUACUAUGGCUGAAGAGUAUGGCCAAAGCUAUCAGGGAAACUUUCAACGGGAAUAUUUGGAGCUGAGCUUCGACAAGAAACACAGAGACUUGGUCGUGAACUCCUAUAUACCCUACGUGGAGAGCGAGGCAAAGGUAGUCAACAACAAUCGCAGAAUCCUCAAUAUGCAUUCCUACUCACACGUGACUCAAAAAUGGCAAUCCGUGAACUUCGAGCACCCUUCAACUUUCAACACGAUGGCUAUGAACGACGAUCUCAAGCGUUCUGUGAUUGAAGAUCUUGAUCGGUUCGUCGGAAGAAAAGAUUACUACAAGAGAGUUGGAAAAGCUUGGAAGAGGGGUUACUUGCUGUACGGGCCACCAGGGACUGGGAAGUCUAGUUUAGUGGCAGCUAUGGCUAACUACCUCAAAUUCGAUAUCUAUGAUCUCCAGCUCGCAAGCGUUCAGGGAGACGCCCAUCUACGAAGCUUACUUCUCAGCACUAAGAACAGCUCGAUUCUUCUUGUAGAAGAUAUAGACUGCUCCGUGGAUUUGCCUACAAGGUUGCAACCUGAAACCGAAACGACCCUGCCGCUAGGUGCCUUCCAGGUAUCAACACCAUUGACGUUAUCAGGACUUUUAAAUUGCAUUGAUGGGUUAUGGUCGAGCUGUGGAAACGAGCGCAUAAUAAUAUUUACUACAAAUAACAAGGAGAAGCUGGAUCCAGCAUUGCUCAGACCAGGCCGUAUGGAUAUGCACAUUUACAUGGGACAUUGUAGUUUUGAGGGAUUUAAGACAUUGGCGUCUAACUAUUUAGGCCUGUCUGACGAAAAUGAUGAUACUCACCCUCUCUAUCCGGAUAUAAAGCAUUUGAUUGAUGGACAAGUGUUGACUCCGGCUCAAGUCGCUGAGGAACUAAUGAAGGAUGAAGAUGCUGAUGCGGCGCUUGAGGGUUUAGUUAAGGUUCUCAAGAGGAAGAGGUCAGAGCCAGAGAAGUGUGAUGAUGAAUCUAAGAUGAAGAAACUUAAAGAGGGAGAGAAGAUAAUAGCCGACGCUGAGGAGGCAGUAGCCGACGCUGAGGAGGCAGUAGCCGACGCGGAGGAGACAUUGAGGGAAUUAGAAGUGUUGAGUCCGGCUCAAGUUGAGGACAAGGAGGAACUAGUUGAUAGUCAAUAUGCUCAUGUGAUGCCCGCCUUGCUCUCGGGACCGAGGUUGAUGGCUCAGUCAGGAUUCCCAGGGUUCUAUAGAGGAGGAAGAGGAAUAGGUCCGGGUUUUAGAGGAAGAGGUAUGGGUUUUAGACGAAUGUAGUAAUGAAGAAACUUAAAGAGGUAGAGGAAGAUAAUCACUCGGCAUUGAGGAGACCUGAUGAAGUUGGUUUUUUACAUGAAGUUUUUGAAUAAUCUAAUUUUAUAUAC